CCUGAGCGGAAACCAAAGAGCAGAGACGACUGAGAGUGUGAAGCCACACAGUUUAUUUAUUCUCUGACCUCAAAUCAUCAAGCAGCAGCAUGGAGGAAACAUCUCUACUGAGGCUGAUCUCUCUGAUCUCUCUGCUGAUCUGCAGCUCAGCUGAUCUGAUUGUGAAUCCCAGCAGAUCUCAGUUCUUCAGAGGAGAAUCAGUGACUCUGAUAUGUGAGGAUGAAAACAGAUCUGAUGGAUGGACUGUGAGGAGAAACACGACCAGAGGAACCAGGACUUGUUGUGGGAAAGGAUGGGGAGAACCAGAUGGUUCCACCUGCAACAUCAGUAUGCUGUUGCCAUAUGAUACUGGUGUGUACUGGUGUGAGUCCAGGUCUGGAUCCUCCAGCAGCAGCAGCAUCCAGCUCUCUGUCUCUGGUGGAUCAGUGAUCCUGCAGAGUCCUGUCCUCCCUGUGAUGGAGGGAGAUGACGUCACUCUGAGCUGCAGAGCAAGGAAUCCAACCCACAACCUCCCAGCUGCUUUCUAUAAAGAUGGCUCCUUCAUUGGUGAUGGAUCAUCAGGUCACAUGACCCUCCUCCAUGUUUCCAGCUCUGAUGAAGGCCUCUAUAAAUGUAACAUCAGAGGUCAUGGAGAGUCUCCAUCCAGCAGGAUCUCUGUCAAAGAGAAA